CUCCCGCUACUCCCAACACCUCACACGCAAGUUUCUUGGAUCUUUCUCUUAGUCUUAUCGUCUUUGUUCUUGAAACCUUUUUUUGUUUUCUUUUGUUUCUUCUUUUAGCCUGAAGGAAAAAGAUGUCUCCUUAUGCAGCCAUGGAACCCAUAAUCUCUCAAUCAAAAGCAUAUAUUACGUUCUUGGCUGGCAAUGGGGAUUAUGUGAAAGGUGUUGUGGGUUUAGCCAAGGGUUUAAGGAAGACAAAAACUGCAUACCCUCUUGUGGUGGCUGUUUUGCCUGAUGUUCCAGAGGAGCACCGCCAGAUUCUUGAAUCUCAGGGCUGUAUUAUCCGAGAGAUUGAGCCGGUGUAUCCACCGGAGAACCAGACUCAGUUUGCCAUGGCUUAUUAUGUCAUUAACUACUCAAAGCUGCGUAUUUGGGAGUUUGUGGAAUAUGAGAAGAUGAUAUACUUGGAUGGCGAUAUUCAAGUGUUUGAGAAUAUUGAUCACCUUUUCGAUUCACCAAAUGGGUAUUUUUAUGCUGUGAUGGACUGUUUUUGCGAGAAAACCUGGAGUUACUCUCCACAGUAUAAGGUUGGAUACUGUCAACAAUGCCCUGAAAGAGCCCCAUGGCCAAAGGAGAUGGGCUCUCCUCCUCCUCUCUACUUCAAUGCUGGCAUGUUUCUCUUUGAGCCUAAUCUUUUGACCUACUUUGAUCUCUUGGAGACCCUCAAAGUUACUCCCACUACUUCCUUCGCUGAGCAGGACUUUCUGAAUAUGUUCUUCAAGGACGUGUACAAGCCUAUCCCUCCUAUAUACAAUCUUGUUUUGGCUAUGCUUUGGCGUCAUCCUGAAAAUGUGGAGAUGGACAAAGUCAAAGUUGUCCACUAUUGUGCUGCGGGUUCGAAGCCAUGGAGAUACACAGGCAAAGAAGAGAACAUGGACAGAGAAGACAUAAAGACGUUUGUAAAGAAAUGGUGGGAAAUAUAUGAAGAUGAGUCAUUGGAUUACAAGAACCGUGCGCCUGUUGAUAAUGCAAAAUUUGGUGAAUUAAUUGCAGCUUUGACUGAGGAAGGAGUUGUUCAACAGAGAAGUGCCCCUUCUGCAGCUUAAAUAUACAGUUUCUGGGGUUAUUUAUAGUAAUAUAUAUAGACAAAUAAAGAGUAUUGCCUUUUAAUCUUGAGUAAUAUAUAGACAAUUGUUAAUUCAGUAGCUUGUGUUUAUAUAUCAUAAUUGCAACCUUGACUACUACAAGUUGGCUUUCCUUAGAUUUGGCGUUAUUAUUAAUUAAUUAUAAACAAUAUUUUUUUUCCAUA